AGAAUUAUCGCAACGCAUCAAAAAUCCCUCCCUUCCUGUCCCCGCUCAUCAAAGCUUUGCAAGCUGGAACUCAAUCUCCAAUCUCCAAUCUUCAAAACUCUAUCAAUUCAAAGUUUCAAAUACGUCAUCACACUUUUUAUUCUCCCCUUUUCAACCUGCCCGCCUUUACGUUCCGCGAAACAUCUGCAUAUUUUCCCAGGAACAAUCGCGAACCCUUGCUUCACCGGUGACACUUUGCACUACCUAACAUACCAAAGCGCAAACUCAACGCGAAAACAAAAUGACGACGAUUAAUUCUCCUCCGCAGGACGUUAAGAUGGAGGAUAAUAAUCGCCAAACACCGUCGGUACUAGGGGAGAAUGAGGAACCAAAGUUUGGAGGUUUCACAAGGUUUGAAAUUGAACUUGAGGUAUGUUUGGGUGAUUAAAGUUUCCUUGAGUGCGUGGGGGGAAGGACAACGGGUGGGAAGCUACAUAGAUUAUGCCCCUCGCGUCGAAAUGGAAAUGGCAUGAAUGUUAAUAUCCUUCACAUUACAUUCUCUCUUCCACAAUUCCCGCACUCUCUUGUUUCUUCACCUCUUCUACUCUCAGCAUUCUGACACCUCGAUGUGCUAAUCGUCCAAUAGUUCGUAAAUGCCAUCUCCUCACCCUUUUACUUAAUGCACCUAGCCUCUUUGUCCUCCGGUACUCUACUCAGCUCUCCACCCUUCAUUGCCUACCUCAAAUACCUCCAAUAUUUCACACAACCUCCAUAUCUCAAGUUCCUCACUUAUCCUGGACCUAGUCUCAAACACUUGGAAUUAUUACAAAAUGAGAAUUUCAGGAGAGACUGUUUGAGUAUCGAGGUGGUGAGUAUGCUUGCCAAUGAGGAUUUAGCGGCGGUGGAGAGGUGGAGUAGGGAAUGAGGGAGGAAGGAAAUGGUAAAAUAAGAAAUUAUGAAUGUUCAAUUGGAAGGACCCGAAGAUUUAGGUGUGGCAGCGUGUGUUUCAAAGCAGGCUUCGCUCUCACCCACCUUUCUUUGGAUCUCAGCAUGGGACUGAUGCAGACAUUGUUUGUGUCAAUGGGAAGUUCUGAAGGCCAUCGUAGGUGCUUUACUCAUAAAGAGGGUUAGUUCAUUUGGGUUUAGGAACACAAAAGUGGCUCUAUUUCAUUUGGUAUUUGGGGAAGAUAUUGAGGCAUAUACCAGGAGUUCUGGGUUUGGGAUAUGAAGCAAUUGGUUGCAUUGGAGAAAGAGUAUGGUUGAGAAGUUAAAGCU